CGGGUGGGGUGGGGGUGGGGCUUAUCUUAGACCAUUGGCGGGUAGGGCGAGACCUGGGGGCUAGAGGGAGGGCAAGCAGGUAGCCGUUUGGUCUUUGCCAAGGUUCCUCCGCUUGCUCACUACCACGGAACUCCAGCCUGGAGGACCCCUGACUCGCCAUGGAGUCCACGCUGAGCGCGGGCAUCGCGAUGGCUGAAGCGCUGCAGAACCGGCUCCCCGGGCUAGAGAAUAUGUGGCUCUGGGUCACCUUUCUGGGCGAUCCCAAGAACCUCUUUGUGUUUUAUUUCCCCGCGGCCUACUACACCUCUCGCCGUCUGGGUAUCUCCGUGCUCUGGAUCACCUUCAUUACUGAGUGGCUCAACCUCGUCUUCAAGUGGAUUCUGUUUGGAGACAGGCCUUUUUGGUGGGUGCAUGAGUCUGGGUACUCCACCCAGACUCCUGUCCAGAUUCGCCAGUUCCCCUCUUCUUGUGAGACUGGUCCAGGCAGCCCUUCUGGUCACUGCAUGAUCACAGGAGCAGCUCUUUGGCCCAUAAUGACGGCCAUUUCUUCCCAGGUGGCCUCUCGGUACCGCAGCCCCUGGAUUAGGGUGAUUCCUAGCCUGGCUUAUUGCACCUUCCUGUUGGCAGUCGGCCUCUCUCGGGUCUUCCUCUUAGCACAUUUCCCUCACCAGGUGUUGGCUGGCCUUAUAAGUGGUGUCGUCCUUGGCUGGCUGAUGGCCCACCGGGUGCCCAUGGAGCGAGAACUUAGCUUUUAUGGGUUGACUGCUCUGGCCCUCAUGCUGGGUGCCAGCCUCAUGUACUGGACUCUCUUUACACUGGGCCUCGAUCUCUCCUGGUCUGUCAGCCUGGCUUCCAAGUGGUGUGAGCGGCCCGAGUGGGUGCGCCUGGAUAGCCGGCCCUUUGCCUCACUGAGCCGUGACUCAGGAGCUGCUCUGGGCCUAGGCAUUGCCCUCCACUCUCCUUGUUAUGCCCAGAUACGGCGGGCACACCUAGGAAAAGGCCAGAAAAUAGCUUGCUUUCUGCUGGCCAUAGGGCUGCUGUUUUUCCUGGAAUGGCUGGGCCACCCACCUCAGAUGAGCCUCUUCUACAUCUUCAACUUCCUCAAAUAUACUCUCUGGCCAUGCCUGGUCUUGGCCCUUGUGCCCUGGGUGGUACACACAUUCAGUGCCCAGGAAACACCGCCCAUUCGCUCCUCUUGAAGUGUCUUGCCUCCUUUGCCAUUCUCUUGCCUCAAAGACAACACUCCUUUAGCACCACACUCUAAAAGGUGGCCCUUUUCCUGGGCUCCAAAGCCGGUCCACUCACCUUGGCCUUCACUUCUGUCUCAUAUCCUGCAGUCUUAGCCCCUUUGAAAGAAGGACCUCUGUUUCUCAAGGAGGCUAAGCCAUUUGCCUUCCCCCAGGUCCCCACAAAGCAAAAGCAACAGCAGGCCUGCUGGGGAUAGGGAGCUGGGUUCCUGACACUGAUAAGCAGCUCAGGAAGGCCCCAAUAAAGCCCUUGAAACGUU